AGCGGCGGAGCGGCGCUGUUUGCGGGCUCCUCCGGAACAGCGCCCCUGGCGGCCGGGAGGGCGAUGGCCGUGCAAAGGGGGGCGUCUCCGGGACCGUGGGUUCGAGACCCAACCCGGCCGCACCGCUGUGGGCCCUUGAGCAGGUGGCUCCGCCAGUCCAGCGCUCUUGGCCGUGGGGAGGACGAGCUCUGAGCGACUUACGGGAGUUAGACGUGCAAAGCGCCCAGCGCUGCCAGGAGUCUGAGGUCAGCUCGGACUUUGUACCCAGGGCCCUGGCCGGCAGAGAGGUCGGGGCUGGGUGACCCUGGCCCCGGGGCAGGGGCCAGGCUGGAGGACAGAGGUGGACUUCCUGGGUUGGGCUCCCAGGCCGUGGACAGCGGACUCUGACCCCGGGGCCCGGGGGGUGCUGUCCUCCGCCUCCCCCAGUAUUGUCCCCGGCGUUGUGGCCGCCGGCAUGGUGCUUCGCGGGCGCGUGGCCCUCCUGGCCGUGCUGUUGGCUGCUGGCUCUCUGGGCCGCUGGGCACAGAAGCCCCGCGGGGCCCCAUCUGCCAUCAGCGCCAUCCAGCCCAAGGCCAGCUUUGACGCUCAGCAGUUUGCAGGAACAUGGCUUCUGGCGGCAGUGGGCUCGGCCUGCCACUUCCUGCAGGAGCAGGGGCACCAGGCGGAGGCCACGGCGCUGCAUGUGGCCCCCCAGGGCGCAGCCAUGGCCGUCAGCACCUUCCGCAAGCUGGAUGGGAUCUGUUGGCAGGUGCGCCAGCUCUAUGGAGCCACGGGGGCCCCUGGCCGCUUCCUGCUCCCAGCCCGGGGGCCCCGGGGUGCCGUGCACGUGGUCGUGGCUGAGACAGACUACCACGGCUUUGCCGUCCUCUACCUGGAGCGGGCACGGCAGCUGUCGCUGAAGCUGUACGUGCGCUCCCUGCCCGUGAGCGACUCCGUGCUGGACGCCUUCGAGCAGCGGGUGGCACAGGCCAACCUGACCCAGGACCAGGUCCUGUUCUUCCCCACAUACGGUUUCUGCGAGGCCGCGGACCAGUUCCACAUCCUGGACGAGGUGAGGCGGUGAGGCCGGCGCCCAGGACCAGAGGCCCCUGGGCUCCCAAGGACGCCCUCCCCUUGGAAGCUGCCCCCACCCUGAAGCCUGCAUGCCCGGGGGUGGCGCCGCCUUCUUAAUAAACAUGUGACUCA